UGGGGAGGGGGGGGGCCUGGGCCGGGAUCCCAUGCACCGAGCUGGGGAGCUGCUGCAUCCGAGCCCCUGACCUCGGCCCCAAGCCAUCAGCUGCUCCCUGGAUCCGCACGGGCCGAGCUGCAAAGCGGCGCGGGAGCUGGUCCAUGAGGCUGCAGGCAUCCCCGGUGGGGCAGCCCCCAGGAAGAGGAGACGAGCCGCGCGCCUCUCCUUAGCUUCCCCACUGCGUUGCGGGGCGGGGGCCUCGGGUUGUUUUUGCAAGGCCCGGUUGCACUUGGCACUGAGGAAGGUGGGAGUGGGGAACAAGAAGGGAGGAGGCCUCGGUCUCUGCAUUGCAACAAGGGCAGGCUUCGCAACGGGGGCUGUUAUUUAUUUAAUUUGCUAGACUGUUUACGAGCUUCCCAGCGGGGCAGAGUGUUGGGAAGGGAGUCGUGGUAAGAUGAGUCCAACGUCUCUCCAGAGCCCUGACCCUGCCACCUGAGGAAGGCAGUAGGGAGGGGAGCAGGUGUGGGAGUGACCCCCAGUCUUCCCCACCCUACACAGAGAGCUCUUGCUUUCAGUGCAACUGGCCGUAGGUUCGGGGAUGCACCUUGGUACAGAAUGACUCAUCCGCUGCAUCGGUGGCUGUCUCCCCCCAGUGCUCCCCAAACCUAUCGCAGGAGACCCUGUUGGAGAUGAUUAUAUGACUAGUGACCCUCCUUUUUCCCCUCCCAGGACACAAAUUUCUUCCUUCCUUUCCGACCCUCGGAUCCUGGCCACAUCAGAGAGAGACCGGAAUCUCCUUCCAGUUUUUUAUAGUAGGGUUACAUUUUCGGGUAUGUGUGUAUGAAAUCCUAGAUCUGUUUCAUUUUGGCUUAAAUAUUGUGGCUUGCCUCUCUCUCGAAAGGGACAGAAACUGCCUAGGUAAAGGGCAGAGGGGAUUGAGCUACUUACGGCAUACUUAAGCCAUAAGCUUUGUCAGUGAAUGGAAGAUAGUGUGUGUGUGUGUGUGUAUUAUUUAUUUGGCACAUGGGUUUGAUUUUUUUUUAAAAGGGUAAAGUCUUCCAUUUGGUUUGUAAACCAAGUUGGGUAGCUGUAGGCACAGUGCUGUAAAAAGCAUUUAAAUUUCUAUUCCCCGUAGUGACAGCAGGUUGGGGAACUGCAGUCUGUGUCAUUUUAGCAACUUCCCCCUUUGUAAAGUUUUUGCUGCUUGGAUGGGGAUGGCAGGUCAGAUUGGUGUGUGUAAUUUACUGCGUUGCUGCUAAAUUCAGGGGUUGGUGUUGCAUCAUUGCUUUGGCUUGAGGGUUGAGGAAGCUGAAAGCAAAUGAACUUAGGGAAGUGUCUAGUUUUGGAUGAGAUAGUUUACAAAUGUGUCUUUUAAAAUCCAGUCUUAAAUCAGAGAGAGCACAGUCUGGUUGGCAUUGAAUGCACUAAUACUUAGGGGUUUGCAAAAAGGGAUAGGGGUUUUGCUGCUAGAAUUGCCCCCUAAAAUUUAUCCUACAGUCACCAAAGUUUGAAGGGAGCUGGUUUCAAAUCCUUGUUGGCUUCUGAUUCGUCAGGGUUACUACUAGGGGGAGAGGUGUCUGAACUGGGCUGCCUGAUUCAUUCCCCCUUGGAGACACGUGGGGAAGAGAAACUUGGAAUUCAGAGUAAAAACUCUUUGCUUUCCAAAUGCACCAGGAACUUACUUUAACCCAUACUUGAGGAACUGCCUGGAUUUCAGCCGAACUUGUCCUCUGCAUUAGGCUGCCCCUGGAAUAAAUAGGCAAUCCCCCACCCCUGCCAUUGUAGCCAAGUGGGGGACAGGUGUUUGUGUGUGUGGGGAGAAUACCUCCUGCAAAGAUUCAUGCCAAAGCAGGUGUCUCGUCAGGUCUGAAACUUUGAAUGUACCUGUGGACUUAAAGUGAGGCUUCAGGCCUGGAAUCCUCUUGGAAAUCGGAAACUGGACGUUCACCCACACCCCGCCCCGGGGUGCGAAGGGGAGCUGUGUUGGAUACGUGCUGCCCUCUUGCCAUGGGGUGCAUGCUGAGGAUGCGAGUAGCUUAUAUUCCUGCCAUGUUGGACACCUCUCCAGAGUGCUAACGGGCACUGCUUUACCCAGCAUCCUCUUGGCUUAGCCAGAGUGGCCCUGUCUGUUGGAGGAGAGGAGCCAAGUAGCUCUGAAAGCUGCCCCCACCUGCGAACAUGGAGACCAAGCUGCCCCCUGCUGGCACCCCCACCAGCCCCUCAUCCCCAGGGAUGUCGCCUGUCCCCCCUCCUGAUAAAGUGGACGGUUUCUCCCGGCGCUCACUGCGCCGCUCCCGUCAGCGCCGCUCUCACAGCUCGUCCCAAUUCCGGUAUCAGAGCAACCAACAGGAGCUGACACCCCUGCCCUUGCUGAAAGAUGUGGCAGUGGCGGAGCUGCACGAGCUGCUGUGCAAGAAGCUCCAGCAGUGCUGCGUGCUUUUCGACUUUCUGGACUGCGUGGCCGACCUCAAGGGCAAGGAGAUCAAGCGGGCGGCGCUCAACGAGCUGGUGGAGUGCGUGGCCACCAACCGUGGCGUCCUCAUUGAGCCCGUCUACCCCGAGAUCAUCAAGAUGAUCUCAGUCAACAUCUUCCGGACGCUCCCACCCACUGAGAACCCUGAGUUUGACCCUGAAGAGGAUGAACCCAACCUGGAGCCCUCCUGGCCCCAUCUCCAGCUGGUCUACGAGUUCUUCCUCCGCUUCCUGGAAAGCCCUGACUUCCAGCCCUCUGUGGCCAAGCGCUACGUCGACCAGAAAUUCGUGCUGAUGCUGCUGGAGCUGUUUGACAGUGAGGACCCUCGGGAGCGUGAGUACCUCAAGACCAUCCUGCACCGGGUCUAUGGCAAGUUCCUGGGGCUGCGUGCCUACAUCCGCAAACAGUGCAACAACAUCUUCCUCCGGUUUAUCUACGAGACGGAGCAUUUCAAUGGUGUGGCGGAGCUACUGGAAAUCCUGGGCAGCAUCAUCAAUGGCUUCGCCCUGCCCCUGAAGACGGAGCACAAGCACUUUCUGGUGCGGGUGCUGAUCCCGCUGCACUCAGUCAAAUCCCUCUCCAUCUUCCAUGCCCAGCUGGCGUACUGCGUGGUGCAAUUCCUGGAGAAAGAUGCCACCCUGACGGAGCAUGUGAUCCGGGGACUGCUGAAAUACUGGCCGAAGACCUGCACUCAGAAAGAGGUGAUGUUCCUGGGGGAGAUUGAGGAGAUCCUGGAUGUGAUUGAGCCCUCACAGUUUGUCAAGGUGCAGGAGCCGCUCUUCAAACAAAUCGCACGCUGCAUCUCCAGCCCCCACUUCCAGGUGGCAGAGCGGGCUCUGUACUUCUGGAACAACGAAUAUAUCCUGAGUCUGAUUGAAGACAAUUGCCACACGGUGUUGCCUGCCAUCUUCGGCACCCUCUACCGGGUCUCCAAGGAGCACUGGAACCAGACAAUAGUCUCCCUGGUCUACAACGUGCUCAAGACCUUCAUGGAGAUGAAUGGGAAACUCUUUGAUGAACUCACGGCCUCCUACAAGGUGGAGAAGCAGCAGGAACUGAAGAAGGAAAAAGAGCGCCAGGAGCUCUGGAAGCAGCUGGACGAGCUUCAGCUGAAGAAGCUGCAGGGUCUGGAGGAGGCGCAAAUGAACCGGAUCAAUCUUCAGCACAGCUUGGGCUUGCAGAGUGGCAACAAGAGUUAGAGAGGUGCCCAGCCAGCCGCCAGCCCCUCCCCUGCCCAGCCUGUGCCAAAUCAGAGCCAGCCCCUCCAUGCUGCAGGAGCCCACGGCCCUCCAGCCAUCACCAUCCCAUCCCACCAGGGACACGGAUCCAAAACAGGACUGGAGGAGGGCACCCCUUCCUUGGCAAUUGCACCCCUCUUGGGCUGGAACUUCUCCCCAUCACAUCUCCAUGGUGUACACUUAACACAUUACCCCACAUGAUUUCUGUGGGUCCUAGCUGGCACAGGGGCAUGUUUUUAGGGGUAGCCCCAGUGUCCUCCAUUCCUUGGGGGUGAAGGGUCCAGCCUUAGCCCCUUGCCAAAGGGGCUGGGCCAGGCUAUGUCUUGGAGUAAGAGCAGGAUAGGGAUGCAAUAGGCUGCAGGGGCACAGGACCUGUGGUGAAGGGGUCCCCAGGGCUGCCGGGGCAGGGUGAGUUGCUAGUGAUUCCUGCCUUGGCAAUAAGCCUGUCUCAGCUGUUCUAGUCCAGGGAGCCACCUCUGUUUGGCAUAUGGGAUAUAACAAGGGGUUAGAUGGGGGACCCAGCUUAGCUCUCCCCAGUGCAAGCUGAACCCCCAGCCCCCCUGCCACACUGCAGUGGGUUGUGGCUGGCUCUGCUGUAGGGACUGGAUAGGGAGGCCCCUGUGUUUCUUAAAGCAAUAGACCCUCUUGUUUCAACCUAGGGCUCCUAAUGUAAGAGGGGAGGGAGUAGAGCCACUUAUGAGAGGCCAGGAGUUCAGUUUCUGCCCCUCUGCGAGAUGUGUGUUACGCUAGUACGAAUGGGUAGGGUCUUCUGAUUAGCCUGGAGGUGGUGAGACUGAGCUGCUAUGAUGGGAAUGACUCUGAAAAAGAGAUCAGCUGAGCCUUGCAUUGAUCCUCCUCCAUCUAUCCACUUGGCUCAUUACUGCAGCCCUGGAGCCUGCUCCCCAAAAUUUGGCAGUUAGCUUAGUGGGGCACUCUGAGCUCCCCCUAUUCAUCAAUGCACCAACUUCACUCCCCUACAGAAACAGAUUGGGGGAGAUCUCCCCCCAAUACAGUGGGGCACUCCACAAUCCUGAUCCCAUACAUCAGCACACCCCACAAUCCUUCCCUUAUCUCCACCCCCAUCUCAGUCUCCUGCACAAACAGCAUGGGGGAGAUCCCCUCCAUAUACCUGUGCACAAUCCUGACUCCCCUGCACGAACAUACUUUGGGGAGACUCCCCUGUCGUACCCUCCCCCACACACACACCACGAUGGAAUCCAGGCUUCUAUGAGAUCCUGUUUUCUCCCCCCACACUCCACUGCUGCUCCAACAGUCAAAUGUAUCUCCCCUAACAUGAAUGCCCCCAUAGCAGAGAUGUUGGAGGGGGCUGUGUAGUGCCCUCAGGUACAGGACCAGCAGCCAUGGAUGUGACAGCUCAGAGAACAGAAGGGAUUGUUAGUGGGGAGGCAGGAGGGGAGGGCCUGUUGUCAGCCACUAUCUGAUUUUUAUUUAUUUAUUUAUUUUUUUGGACGCUGCUAAGGGAUGGAGAGGGACGCAGCUCGGGAACUGGACCUGGGGUCCAUGGGUAUGUGAGGGGGGAGUUACCCCUCCCUGGAGAUGGGUGGUGGUGCAGAAAGGCAAGAAAGAGAGCAGCUUUAUAGCUCUGCAAGGUUAAUACCAAUCUCCUCUGCCUCUUCCCUGCAGUCCUCUGGGUUUAGCUCUUGCGGGUAGAUUCCUCCUCGCUAUGACCCCUCCGCCCAGCAGCUGUCAGCUGCAACUGUCACUUUAAAAGUUUGCUUCCUCCCUUUUCAAUUUCUGUUGGAAACUCUAUUCAAAACAUUCCCCCCCUCAGAUGGUGCACUCUAUCCUGCAACAUUUCCCCCAGAUGGUAGUCUGUAUACCCCCUCCCUGUUUAGAUGGUGUGGUCCAUUUUGCUUCUUCCUCUUAGGGAAUGAUCAGGUUGAAGCAGCCCCUUUUCCAGCUUGGAGCCUUAAUAAACUGUACCAUCUGGGGAAAUAAAGGGAUGAGGCUGAAGAUUACUAUAUGAUGUGGUCUUUGAGUGCAUUGUACCAUCUGGAAUUAAUUGUUGCAUAUUUGAGGCUAAAGAGGGAGGGAUCUGCAUAGGUACCACCAUACGGAAGGGGGAGAAGGGUGUUGAAUAGUCAGUACCAUUUGGAAGGGCUGAAUAGGCUGUGCUAUCUCAGGAGAGGAGAGGGAUUUAGGACUGUUCCAUUCUGGGAGCAGGGGGGAAUUGUAUAGAUUAGCAUUGCUGGGUUGGGGAAGUUAAACUUGACUGUUCCAACUCUAGCAAUUGGGAGGAGGAGGGGGGAAAUAGACUGUACAGUCAAAGGGCGAGGGAGGUUGGACUUGGCAUUCCAGCUCUGGGAAAGGAAUGAGUGCAUAGUUUCUAUUAUAUUAAAGGGGGUGAGCUGGAUGGAACCUGCCAUUGCUGGGGGGUGGGGGAGCAGUUUACUGCUCUGUCUCACAUUGAAUGGACUAUACCAUUUGGCUGGGUGCAUGGCAGUGUAUCUCAUGGGUGGGAAGGAAGGGCCUGAAUAGAUUGUGCCAUUUGAAGGGGGUGUUGAAUGGACUUAACCAUCUUGGGGCAUGGGUGUUGAAAAAUGCUCCAUUUCUAGUCGUGCUGAGACCAUGCUCUUGCAUCUCCACGGUCUUAAUUUUCUUCCCUUCUUCGAGUGCCGGCGCUGGCCAAAAGGCAUCCCAGGUAUCACAUCAUGCCCUCAAUACCAGGCAUGACUUAAAAUAUUUUACAGUUCCCUGGGGGUUUUGUUAUUUUUUAAUUACUAUUUUAUUGGUGGGAGUAGUAGGAUAUUUUUAAUUUAAACCUUAAUUUAUUUGUAGCAACUCACGCCAUACGGUGACUGUAGUAACCGGGUGCACAAUUGUUGUCUCUUAGCUACAGCAGCGACGUAGUUACCGUGAGAGAAAUUGGGGUUGGGAAUGGACACCAGGGGUUAUUUUUGAGGGAGGAGGAAUUCGGGGGGAGGGGUUGAGUAAAAAACAAGAAGUUAAAUAACUAUAUUUAAAAUAAUUUGGUUUAAAGCUGCCUUCCCUCUUCCUCUUCCCCCUCCCCCUUAUUUUUUCGUUUGCUGGAUAAGUCUGUAUUCAAUAAAGAGAUACUUUCAUGUCA